AUGGCAGACUUCGAUAUCUCUGCCACCUUCAUCCCCUCGCUUCACAAGCCUGCUUCACUACUUCCCAUUGCCCGGCAUAGGCAGAGCCUACUCUAUCUCAUAGAGACAAACCCGGUCACAAUUGUCAUUGGGCAUACAGGCUCUGGAAAAACAACCCAGAUCCCUCAAUAUCUUGAGCAAGCAGGAUGGUGCGGGGAUGGCAAAGUCAUUGCUGUCACUCAGCCUCGGCGAGUAGCAGCAACUACAGUUGCUAUCCGGGUGGCCGAAGAAAUGGGUUGCAAACUCGGUGAAGAAGUGGGCUAUUCCAUUCGUUUCGAGGAUGUCACUUCUGGCAAAACCCGCAUCAAAUUCUUGACGGAUGGCUUAUUGCUCAGAGAAGCUCUUGUCGAUCCCUUAUUAUCGCGGUAUUCCGUGAUAAUGGUUGAUGAAGCUCAUGAGAGAUCGCUGAGUACUGAUGUUCUUCUUGGGGUGCUGAAGAAGAUCCUAAAAAGAAGGCCGAAUGAUCUUCGGAUUAUUAUUAGUAGUGCAACUUUGCAGGCUGAGGACUUCCUCAGGUUUUUUGGGAGAGAUAUGACUGUCCAGCUAAAGCCGGCUGCUCCAGAUGCUGUUACUUUAGACGAAUUGAUCUCUCAAGGCGGUGCAAACCCUAAAAGUGUUGACAGUACACUUGGUGGCCCUGUUGGGCAGAUCAUCAGCAUCGAGGGAAGAAUGUUCCCGGUCGAUAUCCUCUACUUGGAAGCACCCACUGAAGAUUAUGUCGAAAAAGCCGUCCAAACCGUUUUUGAUAUCCAUACACAGGAACUAGAUGGAGACAUUUUAGUCUUUCUGACAGGACGAGAGGAGAUCGACACGGCUGUGCAAGCAAUAUCUGAACGGGCAGCCGCUCUACAUCCCCGGGCACAAACACUGAUGCCACUCCCACUAUACGCUGGCCUCUCAACAGAGCAGCAAAUGUACGUCUUUGAAGAAGCACCCGAAAACACGAGGAAGGUCAUCCUCUCUACAAACAUCGCGGAAGCAUCGGUCACGAUUGACGGAAUAGUAUACGUCAUAGAUAGCGGAUUCGCGAAACUACGUGCUUUCAAUCCCUUGACGGGAAUCGAGACUUUGACAUCUACGCCUGUUUCCAAAGCAUCAGCUACCCAGAGAGCUGGUCGUGCCGGACGAACUAGACCUGGAAAGUGUUACCGGCUUUACACCGAGGCCAGUUACCAGUUACUCGAAGAAGCCACCGUACCAGAAGUACAAAGAUCGAACCUCGCUCCAGCAAUCCUACAACUCAAAGCCCUGGGCAUCGACAACAUUGUCCGAUUUGAUUUCAUCACCUCCCCGCCUUCAGAACUAAUCACCCGCGCCCUCGAACUCCUCUAUUCCCUCGGCGCUCUGGAUGACUACGCUAAACUAACCAGACCCCUUGGAAUCCGCAUGGCUGAACUUGCCGUCGAGCCUAUGAUGGCAAAAACCCUACUCUCCGCACCAUCCUUCGGAUGUCUUAGUGAGAUAUUAAGCAUAGCCGCUAUGACAAGUCUCGGUGGAAACAUCUGGUUUCACCACGACGGCGAGAAGAAGAAAAUGGAAAGUGCUCGGCGGAAAUUCGCCGUCGAGGAGGGCGACCACAUCACGCUAUUGAACGUCUACCAGGCAUUCGUGACAAAGGGCAAGAAAGAAGCUCGAUUCUGUCACGAUAAUUAUCUCAAUUUCAAAGCCCUCACCAGAGCUGUGAGUAUACGUGCCCAGUUAAAACGGUAUAUUGAAAGAUUCGGCAUCUCCGUCGAUGAAGCCCUCUCGUCCAACCCCAACAAACAUGUCUUAGCCGUAGGCGGACCAGAUAAAAGCGAGCAGAUCCGUCGAUGCCUUACCACGGGAUAUUUUGCUCAUGCGGCAAAGAUGCAACCUGAUGGUACCUUUAGGAAUGUUGCGGGCGGAACGGUACUUCAUGCUCAUCCGAGCUCGUUGAUGUUUAAUAGGAAGGCGGAUUGGGUAGUAUUUCAUGAGGUUAUGGAGACCGGGGGGAAGACGUACAUUAGAGAUGCUAGUAGGAUUGAGAAGGGAUGGUUGGUGGAGUAUGCGCCGGAGUUUUAUAAGAUACGGUGA